AUGUCCUCCCCCUCAACCCGCCGCCUCCUAAAAGAAAGCACCGACCUCCACAAAAACCCCAGCCCAUACUUCACAGCCUACCCAACAAGCGACACAAACCUCCACGACUGGCACUUCACCCUAACCGGACCCCCCUCCACCCCCUACGCCCGCGGCCUCUACCACGGCCGCAUAACCUUCCCACCCACAUACCCGCUCCGACCCCCCUCCUUCCGCUUCCUGACACCCUCGGGCCGCUUCGAGGUCAACCGCGAGAUCUGUCUUAGCAUCUCGGGCCACCACGAGGAGACGUGGCAGCCGGCGUGGUGGGGUGCGCACUGCGCUGUUGGGGAUAAGGUCUGA